AUGGCGAUCGGGAACGGAAGUAGACUGAUUCAUCAGGACUCAGAUCGUGCACGAGACCUCUGGUGGACAACAGUCAGUUGGCCUGCCUCUGAAGCCGCCGAGCCACAGUUCGAGUCUGGCGGAGAGGUUGGAUGGAACGAAGAGGCCAAGUGGGAUCUGCAAUUCGGCCUCGAUGCAAACUGCCCUCUGGGAGGCAUGAUUCUGUGCAGUUCACUGCAAGAGCAGGCUCCCUAUCCUCUUUAUUCGAUGCCACUUUGGGCAGCCUUGUUGGGUAGGACAGAGAACUGCGUCACGAAAAGACGAUUGGCUCGAACCCCGGUUCAACAUGAACCGGCCGAACCUCAUGAUAUGUCUGUCUGCCGACUUUGCCAGAUUGAACGUGGAAAGCGCAGUUUAAGAAUGUUGCUGACGAGACAAGACGAGAUGGCUUUACGCGAGGGUGAGGCCUAA